UCGUACGAAUUGUUUGUGCUGAUUGAAUCGAAUAAAAUUAAAUAAAAUAUUCAGAAAUUGGAAAAAAUUCCUGGAAAUUGAAAAUAAUUGAAUACAAAUUGCGUGAAUAUAAGUCGAGGACAAUUCAGAAGAUAAUGCUACCCGAUAUUGUUGGUGAUCAUGUGGCGCUGGCAGAAGUGACGACUGAGGGGCAGGAAGGCGUCGACUUCAAGCCGAUUGCCAUUGACAUAGACACAACGGGACGUCGUCUUUGCGACAAGAUCUUCCAGUUGGCCGUCUUCGCGCCAACUGGGCAUUUCGAACAAUAUAUAAUGCCAUCGAUGAAUCUUAACUCGGCUGCGCGACAACGCCAUCAGGUGCGGGUCAAAAGGUUGAAAGGAAACCGCGUACUCAAGGCGAUGCUAACGAACAAGGUUAUCAAAUCGGAGUCAGAGUUGGCGGGCUUUCAGAAGUUUAUUGCCUGGCUGGAGGAGCAGAGCUCCAGGGAAUCGGACAUUGUGAUCAUCUACCACGAGGAACGCAAAUUUAUGCCGCUGAUGAUAGUGCAAUCGCUUAUCAAGUUCAAUAUGCUGGCCACGUUCAGCAAGCUGGUCCUCGGCUUUGUCAAUACUAACAACAUAGCCAAAUCGAUGCUGAGUGGCGCCGAUCGCGCGUUCUUAAGCGUGCGCAACCUGUCGAUUCUCCUUACCAAGGACAAGGACAACAAGAAGCCGGGUAAGGAGUUCAUUGGCAAUGCCACUGUUCGAGCCAAGCUGAUGUUCAAUGUGGCCGUCGAGCUUUGCGGCCGGGAGCCGCGCGGCGGCAACCUCUGCGAUGCCCUCAAGCCCUAUAUCGAGUCGACUGACGCGCAAGUCAUCGAGCUGGACAAGGGAUAUAUGGCGCUCAAGCGUCAGAACUCGUUUCGUCCAUUAUUUAUAGACUACUUCAAGACCACGGUGCAGCGUGUUCGUGCUGUCAAAUUUCGCAUUGUGCUGGCCGAAAAUGGGCUCGACUUGAACAUAUUGAGCGCCAUCUGGAAGGAUAUACACAUUCAGGGGCUCAUCUCCACGCUGCAGCCCAUCAGCAAUCUGAGCGACAAGGAGAAGGCAGAGCUGGUGGCCCUGCUGGACAGCUACCUGGAUCCCAACAAGAUCGCCAUCAACCCCGAGGCCAAGCCAACCAGCAGCUCACGCCGCCGUCGCAGCCAUAACAAUUCGGUGCUUUCACAAGCUGCCGUAAACAAGAAGCUGGACGCGCCCUUUCGGUCCACUGCGUCUCAAAACACAUCGACGCCCAAUAAAGAAAACGUGCCGAGCUUGAAAAAUAAUAGAAACGACAAUAGCAAUGACAGCAACAACGAGAACAUCAUAGAGAAUGGCAUCGAGAGCCGAGAAAACACUCGGCGUAUACGCAAUACGCGCCGCAUUAAACUCUCGCAAAAAAAACCGCCCCAGAACGGGCCAAAGGCCACAGAGCAGCCCCUGCAAGAAAACAAGCAAGUUUCAACAUCAAAAAACUAAAACCAAAACGAAUAUCA